UCAAUUUCAUUUAGAGUCUAAAUGUGUUUGGGUCAGGAACGAGGUCCAGAUCAUGAUCGAAUUACAAUCUAAAAUGUGGCUCAGUUUAUUCUUCACAUUAACUUUAGUGGUGAUUGCGAAUUCCAUAGGUUUAUCGUUCCUUCCAAAAUUAUGGACGUACAUGGACAUACUAACAAUACAAAACAUAAAAAACGGCGCCCUUGAAACUGAUUUUAAAACAAAACGAUUCAAUCGAACAACAUUGGUUAUAUGUGGUACAUUUACGAUUAAUGAAGAUCUCUCCAACAUUGAUUUCAGUAUGAAGUUUUUCUUUAGUCCCCUGGGAAACAAUCAGUUCAUGUUGAUACCAUACAUGUGGCGAAGAGAACCGCUGUGCGAUUUUUUCAACAAAAGUUUUCAGAAAAAUAUUCAACCCGGUUUAGAAAAGGUUUCAGAUGUUCCGAAGGCUGUAAAAGGUCAACCAGUGUGUCCGCUGUACGUCAAAAAGACGUAUACUAUUGAAGAGUAUUAUUUGCCUGAAGAUAUGUUUCCGCACCAUUUCCAACCUGGAUCGUACAGAUGUGACAUACAUUUCUAUAAAGCUAAUGGGAAGGAAAUCCAAGAAACUAUGGUCGUCGUAGUAAAAUUGUAUUGAUAUUUUUACGUUUUGUGAAUUGAAUCAAUGUUUUAUCAAUAUAUUCUAAAGCAUAU